AUGAUUGGGGAGGUAGAUCUGAGUCCCAAGCCGUUGGCCAACGACCUGAUUCGCCUGUUAAAUCUUCGUAGUGCCCCCUACCGUGGGGUAGGUGCCACUGACUACAAGAGUCGAAGAAACUCACAGGAUAUUUGCAAAGGCUUGGAAUCUAGGAAUGUCAAAUCUUUCGUUAAUAAAAGGAAAACAGCAGAUAAAAAUCUGCUGGCGGAGCUGUACCAGCACCCACAGAAAUUUAACAGCGCUGUGCCGAACAGGCUUCCAAAUGGGGUGAACUUCUGUGACGUGGUGGGCAAUGUGGUCCGGGCUGAGAGAAACCGCCUCAGUGGCAAGUCUUUCUGUUCAGAUAGAGAAUUAAAGAAGUUUCUCUCUUCUCCAUCUCCAAAAGCCAUGUGGCUGGAUAGCUUCUGGUGGAUUUUUCAUGAAAGGUACCAGCCGAACAGGGAGAUCCAGAAUGAGCUGUUUGAUCGGAUAUCCCAACACUACGCCUCUCUCUUGUUGCAGGAGUCCAAGUCCCACUAUGAAGAGGCUCUCUUAAAAAAGUUGCCAUCACUUCUGAGUAAAGCCCUGUACACCAGCUUCUGUUGCUGCUUCCCGCAGUCCUGGUUCAACACGCACGAAUUCAAGUCGGACAUCUGCAACACGAUGAGCCUGUGGAUUUCGGGUAUAUACCCUUGCCUACAGAGCUAUAACAGCUGGGACUACUCGGAACUAGAUCCAGAGCGAUCCCGAAGAGAAGAAUUAAUUUUGCAGAGAAAAAGACUGUUAAAGAGAAGAGAUUUUUCUUUGUUCACUUCUAAGAGAUACCCUUCUCAGAGGGCUACCCAGAGAAAGGAAGUCCAGGGCCCGAAGUCUUCCUGUAUAACUUUGACCACGGAGAAAGGCCCUGUGGCAAAGAAGGUUGGCUCACAAACACAGAAUGCCACAAAAGAGUAUCACUGUCAGACUCUGGUCCUGAGGAAAGCUGCGAAACAAGUCAAGAAGAUAUCGGAAGCCAGAGAAUAUGAGAAUAUGCUUCCCAAGAAGUCUUACCCAGCCUGCAAAAGCCCUGAGCUGACUUUAAACUUCUUCAACACCUACGGGAAGAGCCCGCUGAUUGUGUACUUCCUCCAAAACUAUGCCACUCUGCGGCAGCACGGCAAAGACGUGUUGAUAGUCAGAAGGGAAAAAACCAAAAGCAUCCCUGAGUCCAUGGUGACGUAUGCAGAGGUCAUCGAACUGACCCUGAUGAACAUGAAGAAGAGGAAGGAAAACUUCUGCGCGCUAAGGAGGCUCCACUGGAACGAAUGGCAUUAUUUUGACAAGUACCUGAAGGAACUACAAGAAAACUUCCUCAGGGAGGUGAAGAAUACCGAUCAGAGAGCAUUAGAAAAAAAGAAGGCAAACCGUUUGUUCAUCCAACCGUCAACCUUCAUUGCAGAGACGUCCAACAGGCAAUCCAUAGGAAGCCAUGAGAGGGAGACGGCGUUUAUUUCAAGGAAGGAAAAGGAUGAGAGGGAACGAGAAGCCAGACAGAAGCUGGAACACUCCCUCUUGUCGCCCUCAAACCCUGAUUAAUUCUCCUCCGUGGGACUGGGGAGCCCCUGCAGGAGCCUGGAUAUUUCUGCCAGGGAGGUCACCCAAGGAGUCAAAACCAACUCAGAAAAAUGAAGUCAGCUUCCUUCACCCUUCA